AUAAACGGGUCCGAAGCAAACCCGAAUCUGAAAUCGGAUCAAUUCAACUAUCUCACCCAUAACUCCAUACAAAAUUCAUUUCCUUCUUCCUUCACCUCUCCCACCUCACUCUCCCAUCUUUUCUCAAAUUCAACCUCCCAUCUCCGAUCCAACACCCUUCUUUCUCACAAACUCACAAUCAAUUGAUUGAAUCAAAAUGGGGCUGGGUUUGUUAGCUUCCAAGACCCUCCGACCAACCACCACUCGCCUCCUCCUCCUCCGUUCAAUCACCACCAAACCAGAACUCCGCAAACCCGAACCCGCCGCUCAACCCCAACCCGAACAGCCUCUCGUCGAUCUCACUCCCCGUACACCCGUCGCUGGCGCUAGAGUCCAUUUCACCAAUCCCGAUGACGCUAUUGAGGUUUUCGUCGAUGGUUAUCCCGUUAAAAUUCCAAAAGGAUUCUCUGUUCUUCAAGCGUGUGAGGUUGCUGGUGUUGAUAUUCCUAGAUUUUGUUAUCAUAGCAGACUUUCCAUUGCUGGAAAUUGUCGUAUGUGUCUUGUUGAGGUUGAGAAAUCUCCUAAGCCUGUUGCUUCUUGCGCCAUGCCCGCUCUUCCUGGGAUGAAAAUCAAGACCGACACACCUAUUGCCAAGAAAGCACGAGAAGGAGUGAUGGAAUUUUUAUUGAUGAAUCAUCCAUUAGAUUGCCCAAUUUGUGAUCAGGGUGGAGAGUGUGAUCUUCAGGAUCAGUCAAUGGCAUUUGGUUCUGAUCGUGGUCGUUUCACUGAUAUGAAGAGAUCUGUGGUGGAUAAAAAUCUUGGACCUUUGGUAAAGACUGUGAUGACACGGUGCAUUCAAUGUACAAGGUGUGUUAGAUUUGCAUCAGAGGUUGCAGGGGUUCAGGAUCUUGGCAUGUUAGGUCGUGGUAGUGGAGAAGAGAUUGGAACAUAUGUUGAAAAACUCAUGACAAGUGAACUCUCUGGAAAUGUAAUAGAUAUCUGCCCUGUAGGAGCACUCACUUCAAAACCUUUUGCAUUUAAAGCCCGGAAUUGGGAGUUGAAGAAUACAGAGACCAUUGAUGUUACUGAUGCUGUUGGUUCCAAUAUUCGAAUUGAUAGCAGAGGACCUGAAGUCAUGCGCAUUGUUCCUCGUUUAAAUGAGGACAUAAACGAAGAGUGGAUUUCAGACAAAACCCGCUUUUGUUAUGAUGGUUUGAAGAGGCAGAGGUUAAAUGACCCUAUGAUUCGUGGUCCUGAUGGCCGCUUUAAGCCUGUGAACUGGCGUGAAGCCCUUUCUUUGGUAGCAGAGGUUGCGCAUCAAGUUAAACCAGAAGAAAUUGUUGGAAUAUCUGGCAAACUUUCUGAUGCUGAGUCCAUGAUUGUACUAAAAGAUUUCUUGAACAGGCUGGGGUCAAAUAAUGUAUGGGGCGAAGGAAUUGGCGUAAAUACUAAUGCUGAUUUCAGAUCAGGAUAUAUUAUGAAUACUAGCAUUGCUGGUCUUGAGAAAGCAGAUGCUUUCCUGUUGGUUGGCACCCAGCCACGGGUGGAAGCUGCUAUGGUUAAUGCUAGAAUACGCAAGACUGUCACGGCAAACCACGCCAAGGUCGGUUACAUUGGGCCUGCUACUGAUUUCAACUAUGAUAACGAACAUCUUGGUACUGGUCCUCAAACACUUCUUGAAAUUGCUGAGGGUCGACACCCAUUUUCCAAGACUAUUUCAAAUGCCAAAAACCCUGUUAUCAUUGUUGGUGCUGGGAUUUUUGAGAGGAAGGAUCAGGAUGCAAUUUUUGCAGCUGUUGAAACCAUCGCAAAACAAGGGAAUGUCGUCAGAUCUGAUUGGAAUGGCCUUAAUGUAUUACUUCUCCAUGCUGCCCAGGCUGCUGCACUUGACCUUGGACUUGUGCCCCAAUCUGAAAAAAGCCUUGAAUCUGCAAAGUUUGUAUAUUUAAUGGGAGCUGAUGAUACAAACUUGGACAAGAUCCCGAAGGAUGCUUUUGUUGUUUAUCAAGGUCACCAUGGUGAUAAGAGUGUUUAUCGUGCUAAUGUCAUUUUGCCAGCAGCAGCAUUCAGCGAGAAGGAAGGUACAUAUGAAAAUACUGAAGGAUGCACACAACAAACAUGGCCUGCAGUUCCAACAGUUGGAGACUCCAGAGAUGACUGGAAGAUAAUUCGAGCUCUGUCCGAGAUAGCAGGGGUGCGUUUACCCUAUGAUACAAUUGGGGGUGUUCGCGCCCGAUUGAGAACUGUAGCCCCAAACCUUGCGCAAAUGGACGAGAGAGAACCAGCUGCAUUGCCAUCUUCACUGAGACCAACCUUCACUAAGAAGGUGGAUCCAACACCAUUCGGGAUUGCAGUUGAGAAUUUCUACAUGACUGAUGCCAUUACCAGGGCAUCAAAGAUAAUGGCUCAAUGCAGUGCUACGCUGUUGAAGAAAUGAUGCGUGUAUUAUUUAAUUUUUUUGGUUUGAAUAAAAAUGCAGUUUCAUGUUUUUCUUUUCCUGGCAAAGCAAGACAUUGCUUGCGGAAAGCUUCUCGGACGUUGGUAGUACCAUAUGAUUUGAAAUUAGGCUUUAUCUGUCUUCCAUUUGUAUUUUGCUGGUGUAAAAGCACUACUUUUUAGAAUUUUUGCCAUGUACAAUUCGGGUUAAUCCGACUGUUUGUUAAAAGUUUACUUGUCUCAUAAAAUGAAACCUUGGAAGCAUGAACAAUCCAAAACUACAUCAUUCAAAUAACA